UAGCCCUGGGCUGCAGGGAGGCUGCUGUGUCCACUGAGCACCUGUGGCUCUGCGGGGCCAAGGAGCUGCAGUCCUUGACCAGCUGGAGGUUUGCCCCUAAGCCCCACUUGGCUCCAUCCAGAUCUGCCCUCCUGACCCUUCCCUGCCCACCAGCACUCUCAUAGCCCCGGCAAGAGCCGUAGCCCACUUUGCCAAUAUGUCAAAGGUAGCCAAGUAUCGCCGGCAGGUGAGCGAAGACCCUGACAUCGACAGUCUGCUGUCCACCCUGUCCCCGGAGGAGAUGGAGGAGCUGGAGAAAGAGCUAGACGUGGUGGACCCAGAUGGGAGCAUUCCCGUGGGGCUGCGACAGAGGAACCUGACGGACAAACAGUCCACAGGCACAUACAACCGGGAAGCCAUGCUCAACUUCUGUGAAAAGGAGACCAAGAAACUUAUUCAGAGGGAGAUGUCCAUGGAUGAAAGCAAGCAAGUGGAGACCAGAGCCGAUGCCAAGAAUGGAGAGGAAAGGGGCAAAGAUGCCAGCACCAAGGCCCUGGGCCCCAGACGGGACUCAGACCUGGGAAAGGAGCCAAAGAGGGGCGGACUAAAGAAAAGCUUCUCCAGAGACAAAGAGGAAGCUGAUGGCCGGAGUGGGGAGAAGCCAAAGGAGGAGAAGGUGAUCAGGGGCAUCGACAAGGGCCGGGUCCGGGCUGUGGUGGACAAGAAGGAAGCAGGGAAGGACGGGAGAGGAGACGAGAAGACGGUGGCCGUCAGGAAGGAAGAGGAGAAGAGACGGAGUGACAGGAGUUCAGGCCUGAUCAAGGACAAGGACAAGGACAAGAAGAGUGAGGAGGUGAAGGGGCUGGCCAAGAGAGGGGACAGUGAGAAGGUGAAGGGGGACGGCAGGAGCACAGAUGCCAGACGGGAGGACGAGAAGACGAAAAGAGCCACUGGKGACACAGACAGGAAAAAGGAGGAGGAGGGGGCAAAAAGAAGAACCCAGGACAGGGACGUGAAAAAGGAGGUUGAGAAAGUCCAGAGGGAGGAGUCCCCAAGUGAGAAGGAGGCCCAGGAAGAGAGCAAGAUCAAGACAGCCGAGAAACAGGCCGCUGGAGGCCCCAGCAAACCCUCGGAGGGGCCCCCCAGGGCGGAGGAGGAAGCGGCCCCCAGCAUCUUUGAUGAGCCUCUGGAGAGAGUGAAGAACAACGACCCGGAGAUGACGGAAGUGAACGUCAACAACUCGGACUGCAUCACCAACGAGAUCCUGGUCAGGUUCACCGAGGCCCUGGAGUUCAACACCGUGGUCAAGGUGUUCGCCCUGGCCAACACGCGCGCGGACGACCACGUGGCCUUCGCCAUCGCCAUCAUGCUCAAGGCCAACAAGACCAUCACCAGCCUCAACCUGGACUCCAACCACAUCACGGGCAAGGGCAUCCUGGCCAUCUUCCGAGCUCUCCUCCAGAACAACACGCUGACUGAGCUGCGCUUCCACAACCAGCGGCACAUUUGCGGGGGCAAGACGGAGAUGGAGAUCGCCAAGCUGCUCAAGGAGAACACCACCCUGCUCAAGCUCGGCUACCAUUUUGAGCUUGCCGGGCCCCGAAUGACCGUCACCAACCUGCUCAGCCGCAACAUGGACAAGCAGCGACAAAAGCGUCUGCAGGAGCAAAGGCAGGCCCAGGAAGCCAGCGGAGAGAAGAAGGACCUGCUGGAGGUGCCCAAGGGAGGGGCCCUGGCCAAGGGCUCCCCCAAACCUUCACCCCAGCCAUCUCCCAAGCCUGCUCCAAAGAACUCCCCAAAGAAAGGCGGUGCUCCAGCUGCCCCUCCCCCUCCUCCCCCGCCCCUGGCUCCACCCCUUAUCAUGGAGAACCUGAAGAACUCCCUCUCCCCAGCCACUCAGAGGAAAAUGGGAGACAAAGUCCUCCCUGCCCAGGAGAAGAACUCACGUGACCAGCUCCUGGCCGCCAUCCGCUCCAGCAACCUUAAACAGCUGAAGAAGGUGGAAGUGCCCAAGCUGCUUCAGUAGGACCAGGCUGCCGGGCUCUGGUGCCAAGGCCAUGACAGCCCUGGCUCACAUCCAGGGCUGCACAGACCCUGCCCACACCACUCUGGCUGACCUGCUGUGGCUGUCCCUGUUCUGCCAUGGGAGAGCUCAAGGCCUGGGCCACACUCAAGGGAGGACGCUGCAUCUCCUCUCACCUUCCUUUUCUUGUCUCUGGGGCUCUCCAAAAAUUGCUUUGAUGCCUGGAGCUGAGGUUUCUGGACAAGAAGAGUUUUUCUUUGUGUGCAUCAUGGAGAAGAUGGCACUGCCCAGGCCCUUUGUAGUUGGCACGCUUCAAAAGGCCUAUGAUCCAGGAAAGAUGUCCCCAGGGACCACAUAUCCAGCCCCACUGCCCUUCAGGGCCAGGAUCCAGGCCACUGAGGAGCCCUUGGGGCAAAGCUGCUGGGCCAGUGGUACUCUGAGGGGCAAUGGCAGAGGGAGCCAGGGCAUGGGAGUCCAAGGGGAGAGUAGGAGGGGCUGAGGACACAGAGGGCAGCUGGCCUGGAUGGACAGUGCCYGGUGGGAUUGGGCUCCAGAGGAGAGGAAAGGAACAGACCUGAAGGUUUGAUGCCAAAGCAGACAUUUUCCUCACACCCACCUGCUGUUGUAAAAAUAGCUGUGUAUCUGUUUUUCCAUAAGAUUUUGAUAAUAUAUACAAACCUUUAGCUGAGAGUCACUAUGUCUCACCUCUGUCAUAUACUACAGGUCCUGAUACCCAGGGCUCCCAGGAAAGCUCUAGAAGCUCAGGUUCCCUGCCUCACUGUACAAGUUGACCAUAAACUCAGUUUACCACCACUAAAGGAUCACAUGGGGGAAAACCUAAGCUCUGGGUGCAGGACCUCCAAAGUAGUUGUCCUGGGUGUGCUUCUGAAUAAGGCUUCCUGCCUGGACUCAGUUCCAGAGCUGGUCUCAGGGUAACAGGGCAGAGCCAAGCUUGGGGCCCUAGAUGGCUAUAUUAGGCAAGUUCAGGGGAUGCUCAUUCCAUGACUCUUCCCAACUUUGGGCUCACAGCCAGCUCCCUACAGCAGUCAUAGGCCCAGGAAGGGAAGUGGAGGGACCAUGCAGGGAGUAGCACCCACACCAGAUCCCAGGGUACACUCUACCUCAGAAGGUAUGAGCUGAAGCUAAGCCAUUUCCCCCUAUGCCUGCUGGGUUAUGUUCACUAGCUAGAUGCUUUGUAUUUUUCCGGUUAUCCUUCAACUCUGUGAAGUGGAUACUCAUGUUCUCUCCAUUUUGCAGAUAAAGUUUGAGACAGAGAUUAACUGUCUAUGAUCACACAACUAGCAAAAGGCAGAGGGCGCAGGUCUUGAGCCUUCAGAGCUGCUUCUCAUAACAGAUCCUCCUGCUUACCCCCACCCCACUGAGAUGAGACUGGYGAUGGUGCCUCAGGAAAGCACUGAAACCUAACAGAACCAAACAAUCUCCAAAUCUUCAGGCUUCAACAGAACCUGUCACCUUAGAGCCCUUUCUAAAAACCUUGAACGCGGUUUAGCCAGAGGAGAAGCCUACUCCCUUCCUCCGCCCUCCUGGGGGAUCCUGCCUGGGCCUGGGAUGAUGUAAUCAUUUCUCUGGUGCCUCUGAACUUGAUGCGGGGGCACAGCGCCAUCUGGGGGUAGACAGCUUCCCACGUUCUCCCGCUGCUCCUCUAGGUGCUCUGGGGACCUGGAGGAGGCUACCUGGGCCAGGAAAAGAAGGGCAGAUGGGACUGGGAGCCUGUCUCACCCUAGGGGACUGUUUCAGGGGCUCUGCUCGCGGUCUUGGAGGGCCAAAGGAGAGCGCUAGGCACGCAGCGGACGCGGGCACUCACGACCUGUUCUGUUGUGGGAGAGGGGACGGUACUCGCCGGGACGCAUUUCUGCAGGACCUGUUCGCACCGCCGCCCACCUGCUCCUCUCGCACUGGGAGUCAGGGGUUUGCUGGCUUCACAGGGAGUCGGGGGAUUGCUGGCUUUUCCUUCCUGAAACCCAGGGGGAAAGAGCCAGAGAUGUUUUAUCCUAAUCCAGAUUAUGAGCUUCAAAGAAAGCAUUGACUUGUCCAAGAUGAUGAAUCCGGAUUCAAACCCAGUUCUCCUGACAACCAGUCCAUCAUGCAUACAUCUAGAAGAAGCCACGACUGCAGAGUCAGCCUGCAGUCCCCGUGGGAAUACCCUGGACGCCGCCGCCCGCCCCCAUCAACUUCUGGCGGUUCCCCUUCCAGCUCUCCUGCUCCUCUGGCUUAGUCCUUACGGCCCGGGUCCCACCCUGUCUGGCCUCAUCCCUGCAGGAAAAGUGCCCUUCCCACCUACCUUCGGUCCCCAGGAAACUCCAGAGCCUGGCCCUAGUCAUGGACAGGCACCUGGGGCCUGCCGAGGCUCUUGCCAGACUUACUGUCACAGGAGCUCCAGAGGCUCCCGGCUCCAGUCUCUCUCACUCCAGAUCUCCUCCUCACUCACCCCUCUUCAAGAAACAAAAGUUCUGGGCAAGUUUCACUCAGGAUCGUGCUUUUGGAAGACCAARACCGCCCCUCAGGGGCUGGAGUGCUAUACACUGUGGUUCCCGUUGGUAGCUCUCUGCCGRAGCCUCUGAAGUCAGCCCUAAGUAGGACCCUUGAGUGCCUCCCUGGCAGCCCGGCCUUGCCUGCGCAACCUCUUGGCUCCCACCUCCAGCCCCCUGGAUCCUCUUCCCUUACCGGCUCUGCCUUCCUUCACUACCAGCCCCCUUCAAGCUCUGCUUCCCUGAUCAAGUUGUUCCUUUGUGGGAUUUUGUGGUUUUGUUUUCUGCAGAGCUGGUGAUCAUAUCCAGGGCUUCAUGCCACAUUUUCUGUUUAUUUUAUUUUUUUAUACUGGGGAUUGAACCCUGGGGUAUGCUAGAUCCAGACACGGUUUGUGUAAAAAAGCUUCAUCUGGGCUUCCUAGACCUGCCCAUCUUAGAAUGCUCAGUGUUCCCUUGCAACCUAGCAAGAUCCUAUUUACACUAUGGGGUUACCCCAAUCCUUCUUGCCUUUUUAGGGUGCCUGACUGGUUUUCAGGGGUGCUAGCUGAAGAACAAGGUGACAGGAAGGGACAGUGACAGCUCCUGGCUUCACUCUGCCCUACUGGGCCUUCCCUACUCCCCUKAUGGUGAGCCCCAGGAGAUGGAGUCAGAGAUUAGCAUGCUUUGGGAGAGAUAUACUUUGGGAGAGUAUUGCCCUCAUUUAAAGCAUCCUGGUAUG